UGUGAGGGCAAUAUUAUAGGCUAUAUUGAGUGUGUAUAUAUUGAUUGUCGAGAGAUUGGCAAUAUUCACCAGUGUACAACAUUCAUGAAAACACAGAUUUUCUUGUGUGUAUAUACAUUGUUUAUAGUAAUAGUAUGCAGCCGCAUACAGGGUCGACUGUCAGCAAACAUUGGUGGACAAUAAGCUAAUAUGAGCUUUCCUGCUUUUUUUAAAAGCGUUGUAACAGGUCUUCUAAAAGAACGCUAGACAAGGAUGUGAUGAAGGAUCGUGUUGAAUGGGGACUUUGCGUUGACUCGUUUUCCGUCUAUUCACGCCCGUCAGUGAAAGAGUCGGGAGAGGAGGGGAGAAGUCGUACGGAACCUCGAUCUGUGCCACAUUGUACACCUGAGGAGCGAACUGUGCCUGCCGCUACAAUUUUCCACGGCAGCUGGCAAAAUGGGAAUUUCCGCGUCCAGUCUACUGGAUGAAAGUAAAUCCAACUACUUAAAAGGUCGAGCAGAGUCGUACCUGCAGGAGUUUAGCCCUCACUACAGGAGACAGUACUCUGUGGCCAGCUUCUCCAAGGUGCAGGAAGAACUACAGCACGGGAAGACCAAGAUCGCACAUCUGCUGCUGCAGAGGGCUGCUCCCGAGGAAGGGGCGGUCCUGUACGAGGACAACGCCCUCUACUUUGAUGAAAACAGGAAGUGGAAGGAGAGGUACAUGGUGGUACGUGCCAACUACUGCCUGGAGUGUCACGACAGCUUCGAGUCCUUUAUGAAAGGGGUUCUUCCAAGCCAAAGACUGCUCCCAACAGGGGGCGCUGUGCUAACUACCGAAGAGAAGUACAUGGCUAUGGUGGACAAAUGCUUCCCCGAGGAAGUCAACAACCUGAAGGAGGAUUUUGCCCCCCCUCUCUCGAGCAUGCCUGGUCAGUUCCCUGUGUACCUCAGACUUCCGUACCGGCGAGACUCUUACUUCUGCUUCCGCCAAGAGGCUCGCCAGACCAGGUUCCUCUCCGUGCUGUCCGACUGCAUCCGCCACCAGAACCAAGACUUCCUAAAGAAGAAGACAUGUGAAGUGGAGGCCUUCCUGAAAGCCGUCCAGCUGUACCGUCAGGAGAAGGGCCAGUAUGGAUCCUGGGACAUGCUGAUAGGUAGCGACGUCAGGGUACUGGCCAACCUGGUCAUGGAAGAUCUGCUGCCUUCUCUGACCAAGGACAUGCUUCCACGCUUAAAGAGCAAGAAGACAGAGAGGAAGAGAGUGUGGUUUGCUACGGUGGAGGCAGCCUACAUCCUGGUGCAGCAGUGUCUGCUGGAGGGUCUGUCGGCUCUGAAGGAGGAGUGCAGGACCGCCGUUCACCAGCAGGAGGUGCUCAUGCACUCUGACAUGGACCAGAUCCUCAGCGCCAGAACCAUGCUGGAGGGAAAGCUGCGAGCCAGUGUGUUGGAGCCAGCAGAGAAGUUCUGCCUGCAGAAUGUGCAGCCUUACCUGGCCUCAGUCCUGGAGGAACUGAUGGGGCCAAUCAGCUCCGGCUUCCAGGAGGCCCAGGAGAUAACUGACAGCGAGUUGGACCAAUUGUGUCAGGACUUUGCAGAAGGCGGGGUCACCGAUGAGCUCAAACAGGCCAUGGCUGUGCUGAGUAAGCCUAGCCUGCUGGGCUGCUACCAGAAGAUCAGCUCCCUCCAGGAGAAGCUCCAGCACCUGCAGGAACAUUUCGGUUUCUCCAGCAUCAGCAGCCUGAUCCACAGCACUCAGAUAGACCUGCAGCAGCUGAUGGAGAACGCGGCGUACACGUUCGAGCAGCUGUUGUACAAGGCCAAGCAGGAGAACCCGGAGAGUUCCGGCUCGGCCAUGGAGAAGGCCCGGCUCAGGGUGCUCAAGCAAUACAACUACGACAGCAGCACGGUGAGGAAGAAGAUUUUCCAGGAUGCUCUUAUGGCUAUUACUCUCCCCUACAUGAAGAAGAACCUGGCAUCUACCUGCAAAACAGAGUUGCAAGGUCUUGAACAGUACAUCUUUGCAGACCACUCCAACUUCCUCCACGUGGAGAAUGUAUAUGAGGGCAUAUUGAUCCAGACACUAGACAAGGAAGUCAGCAAAGUGGUGAAGGAAGCGGCCAUCUUGAAAAAGCACAACCUGCUGACAGAGAGCCGAGACCUCCUGAGCCAGUCCAGCCGCUCCAGCCUGUCCACCCCCCCGGUGUCCACCCCCAGCAGCCCAGCGUGGGGGCUGGGCUCCCCCCAACGGCUGAGCCGCCAGCCUCCCUCCCCUCUGGCUGAGAACGGGCUGUCCCUGAGACCAGAACAGGCGGACGCCUACAGCUCGCUGUCGGAGGAGGGGCACGGCGAGGCUGGGGGGAUGGAUGCCUCCGACGUGUUCGCGUCAGACGACGUCAAGGUGGAGGCCAGCCUUGUCUCCGCCGGGGCCCCUGAGCAGAAGGGCCUGUCCCCAGCAGAGCCUGGCCCAGGGGACACGAGCGUCCCUGCCGGGGAGACACCUGCUGUUCCAGAACCUUCCGUCAUCACAGGCCUGGUGUCCCCCAGCACCACAGACAGACUGGAGGCUGUGAUGGAGACUGUGGCCCUAGAGAGUAAGGCUGCUGCCCCUACCUCUGCUGAUAGCCCCGACCCCAGCCCCGUCCCUAGCCCUGACCCCAGCCCCGAGUAUGUCCCUAUGGCUGUAGUUGACCCAGCACUAGAACAGACAGUUACAGAGUGCCUGGCCUCUCUCACUGUAACUAGUGCAGGGGGAGAGGUUGGGAUAGAGGCUGAGGCAGAGGCAGACGCUGGGGCUGAAGAGGCUGGGGCAGAGGCUGAGGCAGGAGAAGCAGAGGGAGAGGCUGUAUCAGAGGCUGGGGAGGAGGCUGGAGCAGUUGAGGGAGAGGCUGUACCUGAGGCUGGGUUAGGCGAGGGAGAGGCUGAGAGUGAAUGGGAGAGCAUCCCCGACAGUGAUACAGAGGCUCCCUCUAGUGGUGAACAGCCUGUUACUGCAGCUGAGGAAGCUGACCUCGCCGCCCCGUCCAGCUCCGUCUCACCCCCUCCUUCCUCUCCGGACGCGCCCGCCGACAGCGACUCAGCCCCCUCGGACACUGUGGCGCCCGGUGAUGAUGUCACAGAAGACGCGGAGGCGGCUGAGGUCAAAAAGGAGGCGAGCAGCGGAGACAAGGUCGUCCCUGUGACCUCUGACCCAGACGCGGAAGCCAGAGUGAGCGAAUCCCAGACCUCCGCUGAACCCCAGGGCUGCGACCCUCCUCCUGAACCAGUAGUCGGCCUCGAGGGAGAUUCUAGUGUUAGCCACGGCGGGCUAACAAACGCUAAUCCCAUUCCAGAACCAGAAGCCAGGUUGAGCGUGGAGGUAGCGUCAGACACCCAGGCCUCUGUCCCUGCCGAGCCCACCCAACAGGCACUCGAGGCGGAGGACCUGCCGGGCCGAGCCCUGGACUGCAUCCAGGAGAUCCGAGACCUGGUUGUGGAAGUGAUAGAGGUGGAGGAGAUGGUGCAGCACUACCCUGAUGCUGUACAAGAGGGUUGGCCAGAGAUGUGCCUGUUGGGGGGUAGAUGCAAGGACCUGUCGGACAGGUGAACUGGGAUUGACGCCCCUGUUGGACCGACACAUUGAACUGCGACACAUAUGUCCGUAAACUAGCCACCACAACAUGAAGGUUUAUUUACAAGCUCUAUAUGUGUGUAUGUAUAAUUUGUUUGUGUCCUAUGGGAUUGAUUAUACGAAUCCCAGAAGAGAAACUAGGAUUUGAUAGUAAAAUAUUAAAUGUGUAAAGGGAAAAGUUCCAUUGUUUUGUUUCUCCAUCCAUAUCGUUUUUCGAUUUAUCAGUAUGCAUCUACACUUUCUGAAGCAAAGUAUGAUUUCUGUGAGGUCUAAAUCAAGAAGGAGGAAUUUGUGUGUUUGUUAGUCUGGCUUUGACUCGCUGAAGAACUCUCUCACCACAAUGUGUUCCAAAGGCCCACGGCCAGCUCAAUCCGAGCCCCACCAAGUGCCUUCAAAAUACCUCGGAAUUCUCUGCACAGACGCAAGGUCGGAUUCUCCAAGACCCCUAAAAGUUUCUGUUUCUACGACAGACUUCCAUUCGAAAGGGUUGCCAUGGAGAAAGAACUCGGAAACGGUUGGAAUCCCCCAUAGCUGUGUUGGAAUUCCCUCACCAAGUGCCUUGGCAUCAAACCCCACAUAAAGACUCUUAGAUAUCAUUUGAAAAGGCUAUGCAUUCACUUAUCACUUUUCUUGUAAAUCUUUGAUGUUUGUCCAACUGAAAUUCUUUCUGUUAUCGUUACAGAAAGUUUGUAAAGUUGUGAGUUGUGUGUUCGAUAGGUGAACCAAUGAAUCCUUUCUUUCCCUUUGGGACAAUAAAAUGUCCUAGAAAGAU